AUGCAACAAAUGCUGCCAUGCUGUCUGCAAGUGCCCUAGGGGACCAAACUGGGGCAUCUCCCAGCAUGUCCCUCCUGCCCUGUCCAGCUAAUCUCUGCGCAGGCUCUUGCCCCUCAGUGCUGUAUCUGUUUCCAGUGUUUGUCAGGACUAUGCCAUUGGGAAAGGGGGUGGCUGAAAGGGUGAAUGUGGAGGCUGGGCUGGAUUUCUGCCCUUCCCUGGGCAGUGGAGUGUCUGGUGCACUUUGAUCCCUGGAGGGAGGCUUGGCAGAGGCAGCUGGUGCUCUGCCCAAGCUGGGAACGGGCUCCACAGCACCCCUUGUUGUCUUCCGUGAUAGAGAGUGGGAGCGUGUGGGUCAGGAUGAGGCCUCUGCUCUGGGCUGCCUGCAGCCAGCUGCUGCCUCGGGGAGCUGGGCUCUGUGCUCUCAAGCGGGCUGUGACCACUAUGGUGACCACCUCACACCAAAGCCUGCAGCCCCCGACCCUCCUGGCCACCUCCAGCUCCCCAGCCAGUGCAUCUGCAGGGUUCCUCCAGCCCCUGGUCCCAGGGAGCAGAGCCCCCAGCUGCUGGAGCUCGCGGUUCAAUGUGCCCCCCAGUGCUCUGCUGGUGGCCCGGCCUGUGGGGGUCUGCUCCAUGAUGAAGCUUCCCAUGCAGGCGUCAGCAGAGGGACUGGACGUGGCAUUUGUCGGUGUUCCACUGGACACAGGCACAUCCAACCGGCCAGGAGCCAGGUUCGGCCCGCGUCAGAUCCGUGCCGAGUCCGCGAUGCUGAGGAGGUACAACAGCAGCACUGGGGCGGCACCGUUCGACUCCCUGCGGGUGGCUGACAUCGGGGACGUGAACGUGAACCUCUACAACCUACCUGACAGCUGCCGCCUCAUCCGGGAGUCCUACCAGGACAUCGUGGCCUCUGGCUGUGUGCCCCUCACCUUGGGUGGAGAUCACACCAUAACAUACCCAAUCCUGCAGGCUCUGGCGGCAAAGCACGGUCCCGUGGGUCUGGUGCACGUGGAUGCUCACACCGACACCGGGGACGGGGCUCUGGGGGAGAAGAUCUACCACGGGAGCACGUUCCGGCGCUGUGUGGAGCGAGGGCUGCUGGACUGUGGCCGCGUGGUGCAGAUCGGCAUCCGAGGCUCCUCCUACGACCCCGAUCCCCACAAGUACUGCCGGGAGCAGGGUUUCCGGGUGGUCCCAGCUGAGGAGUGCUGGAUGAAGUCCCUGGAGCCGCUGAUGAGGGAGGUGAGGGCACAGCUGGGGGACAGACCAACGUACAUCAGCUUUGACAUCGAUGGGCUGGACCCCGCGUACGCCCCGGGCACCGGCACCCCGGAGAUAGCUGGGCUCACACCUGCACAGGCUUUGGAGAUUAUUCGUGGCUGCAAAGGCCUGAACAUAGUGGGGUGUGACCUUGUGGAAGUUGCACCUAUGUAUGAUGCCUCUGGCAAUACAGCCCUUCUGGGGGCAAACCUACUGUUUGAGAUGCUGUGUGUCCUUCCAGGAGUGAAGACACUGUGA